CAGUACGAACGGAGACCAUAACGGACUUCUCAUUUCAGCUGGGCAUAUUGGAAUAGUGGUUUUUAUGGAAAUAUGUUGCGCGUGGCUGGGGCUUCGCCCCAGUUAACUAAAAGGAAACAAACCCCACGACCAAUUAAACUCGAAAACGUGGAACUCGAAACGUGGAAUAGUGUUUUUUUAUGGAGCUAGGGUGGCGUACAGUUCAUAAACAUAAACACUAUUCCACGUUUCGAGUUCCACGUUUUCGAGUUUAAUUGGUCGUGGGGUUUGUUUCCUUUUAGUUAACUGGGGCGAAGCCCCAGCCACGCGCAACAUAUUUCCAUAAAAACCACUAUUCCAAUAUGCCCAUCAAUGCCGAUUGUUAAUGUAAUUAUUUUUAAAAUACUCAGAAAACUCUUUAGACUUAACCAGCCCAGCUGAAAUGAGAAGUCCGUUAUGGUCUCCGUUCGUACUGUUCCGACCUCGCUCGCAACAUUUCGACUGAGCGAACAUUUGUAGACCGGCAAGGGCUAGCCGCUAGUAACGUCUUCUGGUUGGUCGAAUUGAUUUAAACAACUUAAGGAGGGUGUAACGAGGAUGGAACUGGCUUUGUGAGAUUCUUUUUCCACGAAAAUUUAGUCAACGCGUGUUAAGAAAAUCGGUUAAGUUUUUCCAUCUUUAACUGUGCUUCAUUUAAUUCCAACUAUGUCUCAAAAAUACAGUGAAGACACUGGGUAUGUUAAUAUCCACGGCCAGGAUGUUAAGGUUCUCGUUUGCGACAAGACGGGGCGAAUUCUCAUUCCCAUUGAUGAAGUCAGGGAAAUGGGAUUCAGGAUCUAUAGGAAGAAUCAGUACAGUAGACUUCUUAUCGACGAUAAACAAUUUGAUCGCGAAUUUGACUUGUUUAUGUUGCAAGCGGCCCAAACGUACAUGUUAGAGAAGAAGAUAGCCUUCAAUGAACAUACAGUAAUUGAUAGCAUUCAAAAGUGCAAGAAAAUUUUGACUGAAGAAACAUCCCCAAAUAAAUUUACUCGGGAUCAUGUAAUUAGGCACGAUUCUGGUGAUAACAUAACAGUCACAGCAAACUUGCGCUCACCUACUUUAAGCACCAUGCAAGUGCAUAAUGAUCAACAGAAUUUUUCGUACAAGAAACGCAGUCCCGCAUCUUCCGUUCAUUCUUUCGAUGGGAGGCACAAUUCUCCCGACUACAAGCGAAAUAAUAAUUUUACUCACAAUCAAGAAAGAUCUAGCUCAUAUGAUAAAAAGGAUCAGAAUCUCAAUUCAUCUUUUGAACUCAGAAAGCCAAAAACUGUUAUUAAUGCAGACGGAUCACCACAGUUUAUCAAUGGGCAAGACGAUAAGAAGAGACGUCUCAAUAUGCAGAAUCAGGUCAAGCUCUCGCAUGUUGGGCUAAAUAACCCUGAACAUACUAUCUUAGUGACCCAUGUUGAAACAAGUGCUCCCUUCUUCUGGGCCCAGGACACGGAAAACAGUGAAACGCUACUUGAGAUUGACGCUAAGGUUAAGGAGGAGGCUGAGAAAAAUAAGCAAAUUUGCGAUUUCCUCCUAAAUAAAGUGUACUUAGCACAACAUGAAGGAUUAUGGGCUAGAUGCAAAGUGAUCAAAUUUAAGCCUCUGAAAGUUUUUUUUAUUGACUAUGGUAAUAUUGGUGAAGUUACCGAAAUUAAAGAGGCCUCCGAAGAAUUAGCCAAAUAUCCUUGCCAGUGCGUUAAACUGAAACUGGAGGACUCUAGCAUGAAGCCAAAUGAUUUUGAAACCCUUAGAGUUAAAGUUUUGAACAAGCAUGAGAAUGGCACUUACACUGUUGUUAUCGCUGAAACAGACGAUGCUUUUUUCUCAAAACCGCAGCCUUUGUGUCAGCUUCAACAUGGUCAGAGGGUUAUGAUUAUUUCCCAAAGAGACGGGAAACUGGCUCUAAGGACGAAAGAGUGCUAUGAUAAGUUGAAACAAGUGGAACAAGCUCUAGCAGAAGUGACUUCUAAACCUCUGAGCAGCGUUAAGAAAGAUCAACUUGUUCUCUUCAGUAGGAACAGUAACUUGCAAAGAGCAGUUGUUACAAAUUUUCAGGAGAAUAAAGUCGAACUUGAGUUGCUAGAUUAUUAUGACAAAGUUAAGGUCGACUUAUCUUCAAUAAGCAAUAUUACCGAAUCUUUGGCCAAGGAGCCAAUUUCAUAUCUUGUCACUCCGUCUGUUAAAGGACUCUCAGAUAAAACAGCGGAAAUUGUCCAAAAUCUGAUUGAAACUCGUGCCAAGUCUACUGUUGUUUUAAAUGGUGACGAGUUUGAUCUCCAACUUGGAAAGGAUUUGCUGUCUGAUAAACUAAAACCACCACCUGGAGAAUCUCACCAAAAGCGAACAAUGUUGAAAGACAUGACUCGCUUUAAGCCUAAAUUAGGCGUAGGCGAAUACAUCCUUAACACUUUUAGGAACAAGGAUAAAUUAACCAUUGGUUGCAAUGACGCUAUUGAAUCUCACUUGGACCACAUUAUCAAAACAGAGCUGGACGAUAAUCAACCGUAUGAACCCAUCACAGGCGAGAUUUGUUUUGGUUCAUACUUGGAUAGUUGGUCCAGAUGCGUAGUCAAUCGCACGAUGAAUUCGCGAUAUGAGGUCGAGUUCAUCGAUUUUGGCAACGUAGAAAUUCUCAAAGGGGAUCAGCUGAGAAAAUUGUCUGAUGAUGUUAAGAAUACUCCUAUUUUAGGCAUUCCGUGUCGCUUAAUUGGCCUACCGCAUUUAUCAAACGUGGAUGAGUUAUUGAAGCAGAUUGUUGUUGAAGGUGAUAGUUACGAAAUAAAUAUCAAACAACUGAGUGGUGACCACUAUGAAGUUGAAGUUCCUGCUCUCAUCAAGAAUCUGAGAGAGAGUGUUUAAUUUUUAUGUUUCUUACAUGUUCUAAGUUUAGUUGAUUUACAAUUUCGAUUGUGUUGUUUUGAUCAAACUUUUUUAAGUUACCUUUUAAGAAAUAAAUUUUACUUACAUGCAAA